UAUUUAAGACUGACCUGAAUACAAAUACAGACAACCUUUCUUAUCUAUGAAUUUUAUGAUACUAUAUUAACACACAGUUUUAGUCAUGUAUUUGUGCUUUAUUGUGCAGAUAUUCUGCAGUCUACUUUGUGUUUCAGCAGCUGUGAAUUGCCCAUCAGGAUGGAUGAGUCACGACAGUAGUUGCUACCAUUUCAGCCAUGAUCUAGAGCCAUGGAUAAAUGCACAGAUGAUUUGUCAAGGGUUUGGAGGCAAUCUUGCUGAGGUCGAGACAGAAAAGGAAAAUACUUUUCUUACAAAUGAAGUUAAAAGACUAAAAGGAAAUUACUGGUUAGGUGGAAACGACCUAUCAAACGAAGGCGAAUGGCAGUGGUGGAAUUCGAAGGAAGACUUUAUGUACACAAACUGGUUGCCAGGGGAACCAAAUAAUUAUAGAAACGGUGAAAACUGUGUUGAUAUCAGAAUUACUGGAACGGGAUCUCAUCAGGCGAUUGGCUGGUGGGAUGAUCAGUGCCAGAAAUCUAAACUGUACAUCUGUGAAAAAACUGGGGAUCAGGUCGAUAUCAUUGGAUGAUGUUUACAGCUUUAAUAUUCCAUUGGAAAGAAUUUUUGAAAUGUGUGUCCGUGAAUAAUUGUUAAGGACAAAGGAUAAACGUCAUUAAAACUGCAUUUUU